AAAUGUGAUUUCUUUUUUUUUUUUUCAAAAUACCUAGGCCUAGCCUACUUCUUCAUUUGCAGUAGGCUACCCUAGAUAUAUUAGGCUACACUGUCUUCUUUAGUGAGCAAGUGUGGAUAUGGGGCGUCAACCUUGCUGACCAUUUACAGCAGCGAGCUGCAAUCGGGAACUGGAAGCAUGUUCCUCGCUUUCAUCAGUCGGUAACCAAACCGAAAAGUAGGCUACCAGGCUAUCGAGAAGUGAAAAGCAUCCAAGUCGAAGUGAGAGAUGGCAAACGAAGAAAAGCCAUGUCCAUGCGACAUAGGAGACCGGAUGGAAUAUGGGGGACUGGGUCAAGAGAUGCAGAUUGAGCACGUGAAGGUUUAUGUUGUAAAACCAGCUGUCAAAACAGAUAAGGCGGUCAUUGUUAUUCAAGAUAUCUAUGGAUGGCAAUUACCCAACACAAGAUACAUGGCUGACAUGCUCUCCAGUAAUGGAUAUAUAGCCGUUGUCCCAGAUUUCUUUUUGGGUAAAGAGCCUUGGAGUCCAUCUCAUGACUGGUCAAAGUUUCAGGAAUGGCUCGAGGAUAAAAAGCCAACAAAAAUCAACAAAGAAGUUGAUGCAGUCAUGAAAUACCUGAGGGAGCAAUGUGGAGCAACCAGGAUUGGAUCAGUGGGCUUCUGCUGGGGAGGUGUCGCUACACAUUACUUGGCUCUCCAGUACCCUGACAUCCAAGCUGGAGUAUCUGUCUAUGGAAUUGUCCGAGAGAGAGAGGACCGAUACCAGUUGAAAAGUCCCACUCUCUUCAUUUUUGCGGAGAAUGAUGCGGUCAUCCCACUUGAUCAGGUGAAGGUACUAGAAGAACACUUGCAAGAGAAGUGCACAGUUAAUUUCCAAGUGAAGAUUUUCCCUGGACAGACACAUGGAUUUGUGCAUCGCAAGAGAGAGGACAUCAACCCAGCUGACAAACCAUUCAUUCAGGAGGCUAGAACAGACAUGUUAAACUGGCUGAAAAAGUAUAUGUAGAAUUUUCCUACACGUAAAAGUUAACAAGACCAAGUUAGCAUCGAAUGCAUUACAAAUGUAUAGUUGACUCAUUCAUAGGACCAAAUGCUGUGCACUAAAGUGCUAGUCUUAAUGACUAAAAUAUGCCCAAUCCUUACAAUGUCCAAUGUACCUGGAAGUGGUACUAUACAAUGGUACGUAGUCCAUCAUAUUGACUAUUGAACAUUGGAAUAAUUAAGUUGAUGAUUAAAUUAAAUUAUGGAUGCUGGUUAGAAACAAAUAAGAAUUCAAAUGUACGAAACGUGACAGAUGAAGACUUUAAUGACUUCGGUCCCACUACAGUUGUUAAGAGCAACGUAUCAAAGGAUAAAUAACAUACUGAAAGACUGGACACAUUUCUCCCGAUACAAGUGCACAAGGUGAUUCACUACACAUUUUUGUGAGAAAGCGCUCAAUCCUCAGACUCGCCCGGGUUUCUGAUGUCAUCGAUCUUCAGGAUCAUCUUCACCACCUGGGUUGCCAGGGAGAUCUGCUGCUUCUUACCAAUCAGUGUCUCGAUCACGUGCUGCUGCUUCAUGUCUGAGCAAAACAAUGAGAGGGCACAUUGGAAAAACUAUACAUGUAAAGCAAUAAGAAUGCAUAUUAACCUGCAUGGCAGCUCUGAAUUUUACUGAAAUCAAACAGCUACUAAAACUGUACAUGUUGCCAAUAAACUGACCAAUUCCAU